AUGGCAGCCGCCCGCUCUCCUGCCCUGCCGCUGCUGCUGCUGGUGGCGCUCUUCCCGGCGGCUCGCUGCAUGCCGAUUGACAACGCCCUGGACGACGAGGUCCUGUUCUCGAAGCUGCAGGCCUGCUUCACGGCCAGCGGGAUGGCGCAGCUGGACUCGCCGCUCGAGCAGCUGGCCGACAAGCUGCCGAGCUUGUCCCGCAGGAGGGACAUUCUGCAGGGUUUCCUGGACUGUUGCUCCAAGCAGGACUUCCCCGGCAUGGAGACGCUGGAGGCCAACAAGCAGGACAGCGAGGAGCUGUCGCAACAGCUGAAGUGCUGCAGCAGAAGAUCCAGACCAUCUACAAGAACUACCUGA